CGAUGAUGAUGAUGAUGCUGGGUGAGGGCUCAGCGGGGCCGGGCUGCUCGGAGCAGCUCCUCCCUCUCUCUAUUUAUUCCUGCGCGGAGCUCCGCGGCUGAAUCACCUCGGGGCGGGCGGGCAGCGCCGUUUGCAGCCGCCAUGGCCCGGCUCCUCGGCACCUCCUGCCUGCUGCUGCUGCUGCUGCUCCUGGGGCUCUGCGCCGACGUCGCCUCCUCCAAGAAGGGCAAAGGCAAACCCGGCUGGGGCGGGGGCAGCCGCCAGCCCAGCUACCCCCGCCAGCCCAGCUACCCCCAAAACCCGGGUUACCCCCACAACCCCAGCUAUCCCCACAACCCGGGUUAUCCCCACAACCCGGGCUACCCCCACAACCCCGGCUACCCCCACAACCCCGGCUACCCGGGCUGGGGCCAAGGCUACAACCCGUCCAGCGGAGGGACUUACCACCAGAAGCCCUGGAAGGCGCCCAAGCCCAAGACCAACUUCAAGCACGUGGCGGGCGCGGCGGCGGCGGGCGCCGUGGUGGGGGGCUUGGGGGGCUACGCCAUGGGCAGGGUGAUGUCGGGCAUGCACUACCGCUUCGACAGCCCCGACGAGUACCGCUGGUGGAACGAGAACGCCGCGCGCUACCCCAACCAGGUCUACUACCGCGACUACCGCGGCCCCGUGCCGCAGGACGUCUUCGUGGCCGACUGCUUCAACAUCACCGUCACCGAGCACAACAUCGGCCCGGCCGCCAGGAAGGGCAACGCCUCGGACGCCCUCAACCAGACGGAGGCGGAGCUGGAGACGCGCGUGGUGACCAAGGUGAUCCGCGAGAUGUGCAUCCAGCAGUACCAGGAGUACCGGCUGGCCUCGGGCGCCUGGCAGCGCCUGGCCGACUCCCCGCUGGCCACCCUGCUGCUCCUCGUCCUCGUCGUCCUGCACUAGGGCAGCCCGUGCCGUCCAGGUGUCCCCCGUGGGGUCCCCACGCCCACCCCGGCCCCGCUUGGUUUUGGUGAGGAGCCCCCCCCCUCGGGGUUUAGGCAGCGGGAUGAAAAUGUCGUUUUCUGCCCCAAAAAUGGCUCCGGGAUGGUGCUGGAGCGCAGAACCGCGGCCUUCGCCUCCUCAUCCUCCUCCUCGGGGUCGCCCCGAGAGGGACCAGGCAGAGGGGGGCUCUCCUUGGCGUCCCCGCAGGAGCUUUUCCAAAAAUCCUCUUUGUUAACAGGCAGGGAUUUGUCUCACCCCCAUUCCCUGGGGUACCCCUGGGGUUCUCAAGCUGCCACGUUGCAAUUUGAACCCUCCCACCCCAAAACAAAGCCCCUUCCCCGUGUACAUAAGGAGCUGCCACUGCACACCCUGCAUGCUGCACAAAGCCCCUGCAGCAAGACACCAAAAUAAAAUCAUUUUGUACUCCCUGUCACAGCGGGGCUGGGGCACCGCUCGGUGUUUGGAGGCAGAAAGUGCUGCUGAAUGCCCCAAACACCCCCAAAAUGGUGUUACAGCCCCAGAAAAAGCCAGUUUGGCUGCUCCAGGUGACAAGCUGUGUUCGUGCUUCAGCACCUGGGCCCGAAGGACGUUAAAAUGCAGCACAAAGGAUUCUCAGGGGGUCAGGCACGUAGCGAGAGACUGAAAGCAGCUGAACCACGCCGGUACAGCAAACAGCAUCGGGAAAAACGGGCCUGGGAAAGGGAAAUGCUAAAAAAAAAAGUCACUUUUGUGAGUAAUUCCUUUGCCCUGUGGAAGCAACGGGUGGAAUUCUUAAUUCUUGCUUCUCUGUGGAUGCUGGGCUGGGGACGAGCUGUAACACCCGUGGCGCUGCGUUCGAUAUCCCUCGUGUGAUUUUAUUUUUGCAAGGCACUGAAUAACACUGUCCUAAAUGAGAUUUUUUUUUUUUUUUUAUUAUUAUUUUUUUUCCUUUUUGCAUCGGUGUAAGCUAAGUGAAGAUAUAUCUAUAUUAUAUAUAAAUACCUAUAAACAGAGAGGAACCUUCCAGGACAGCUAAAGCAGGGCUUUGAGGCGCCCCGUCCUUUGCGACGCGCGGAUGUUUUGUAACCCCGUUAUCACGCUGCAUGCCCGGGAUUUGCCGUGCUGAGCCUUUUCUAAGUGUUCCACGUCUGGUACAAAUUAAAACGGAUCAAGCCAAGGUGCCCGGCAGCCUCCUUUGUGUGCCGGGCCCCCUCGGAAUUUCCCGCAUUUCUGCAUUUUCUGCAUUUCUGCAUUUUCUGCAUUUCCGCCCUCCCCGGCCUGAGGGAGCUUUUGUUCCCUUCCAGCCCCAAUUUGGCCCAAACCCCGCAUUCCCAGUUAACCUUUUCUGCUCCCACCCAUGGCAUCGCUGCAGCCCAAGAGGAAUCUUCUAAUUUCUGUCUCAUUCCGGUUUCUGUGCUAAUAAAGGAGUUUUUACA